UAUCGAUUGUUCACAAGUUACACUUCAACUAAAUUACCAUCCGCUUACUCUGUUCCAUAAACAGCCACCACCACAAUAGCAAUGUCUUCACCAAGACGCCGUAUCGAGACCGAUGUUAUGAAACUUUUAAUGAGCGACUAUGAAGUCACCCUGGUCAAUGAUAAUAUGCAAGAAUUCUAUGUUAGAUUUCAUGGACCCACUGACACACCUUUUAGUGGCGGAGUUUGGAAGGUUCAUGUUGAAUUACCAGACCAGUACCCAUAUAAAUCUCCUUCCAUUGGGUUUAUGAACAAGAUUUUUCACCCCAAUAUCGAUGAACUAAGCGGAUCUGUCUGCCUAGAUGUAAUUAAUCAGACAUGGAGUCCAAUGUUUGAUAUGAUCAAUAUUUUCGAGGUAUUCCUUCCACAAUUAUUAAGAUAUCCUAACCCGACGGAUCCUCUUAAUGGUGAAGCUGCAGCACUUUUGAUGAGAGAACCGACAUCUUAUGAUAGUAGAGUCAAGGAGUACGUAUCACACUAUGCAACAAAGGAAGCAGCUGAUGCUGCCACUGAUGAAAGCUCUGAGGACGAUAUGAGCUCCAUUGGCUCCUUUUCUGACGAAGAAGCGCCAGGAAUGGAGCUGUAAUGCCUGCACUUAUACUAGGUUUUCUGCCAUUGUGAGACUUGAAUACAUAGGGGUGGAUU